AGAUGGCGCAUGGUUUGAAAAGUGAAAGAAAGGCAUAUGGCGUUCGUUUCUAUUUUUGCUAAUUCAAAGAAGUUUAUGUGCGUUGUGAGUAAUUGAAAAGUUUGAAAGUAAAUUUACUUUACUAAUCAGCAAAUAUACAAGCAUUAUUUAUUAUUGAAAUUAUUAAAGCGAAAUUUCCGUGUUUGUGUCCGUAUGUUAAGUUUUUGUUGACGAAAUAACGAACUGUGAUAUUAAGCUUAGUUGUAUAUUAUAUAGGUUUUCCUUUAUACAAUUUCGAGUUUCGAUUAUUUAUUGUACAACGUAGAUUAGGUGUACAGCUGACUCUGAACAUUUAAAAGUGUAACCAAAGAAAAAAUUGUGCUAUGUCUAUGUCACAGGCGUCAGAAACAGAGAAAAUGCAGAUGAAGAUUUCGAGUGACAAGCAGUCUAAAAAUGGAGAUGAGCAAGUGGAAGGAAUGAGUGUGUCUGACGCACCGACUGAAGAAUUUACCGACCCUGCCAUUUUGGUUAUACGAGAAACGGUAAAGAUAAGCUAUUCGAAGGAAGAACUUCUGAAAAUACGUGAAGCUCCGCUGUCAAAGAAAAAACCGGACUUCUUCGAUACUUCCGAAGUUACCACCUCAAUUUGGGACCCCGAACGAUGGGGAUUCGAGCGUAAAAAAUCCGACACUCCCAUCGAAAAUGGGCCGCGUUCUAGCGGCGACGGACCUUCAGAGCAUAGGCGAAGACCUGGAGAUCCUAGAGAACGAAUCAGAAAAGAAAGCGACGGUAUCGUCUUGUCACCUCAGCGUCGCAGUUUCAACUCUGGAUGCUUCGUACCGGUCCGCGGAGAUACUACACGUAACAACCGAUCUCAUAGCCCUCUGGGACCGAAGAACGAUGGAUCUCAUGUGGGUGGUAUAAGAGAGAUUCAGUCAAGUACCAGACGGAUCGGUAGCGGUAGGAUCCUCCGUGAUUUCUGCGAUUUUAAUGAUAAACUCGAUUCGGGAGACAACGAGUACAGUUACAGAAGUCAACAACGCAACAAUAACAACGAUCGUGAGGACAAAUUUGGGGAUAAGUACGAAAGGAGAAGCUUCGGUAGGGACUUUGAAAUGACAAGGGACAGAGAGAACAACAACAAGGAGACCAGAAGAAUGAAUAAAGGGUUUGAUCGUAGAAGGAUUUCUGAAAAUAGGGAGCAGGAAGAACCCGAAUGGUUUUCUGGCGGGCCAUUAUCUCAAAACGAUACGAUAGAACUGCGAGGUUUCGACGACGACAAGCCUAUCAGAAAAAAAUUAAGCCCCUCGAAUUUAAAACGCAUGAAAGAACCCAAGAAGAAGGUCGAACCUGCUCUACCGCAGCUUAAAAACGAUGAUAAAAAUGAACCAGAAGUUAUAUUAUCCGAACCCAAAGGAGGAUCUGGCCCGCAGGUCGGGAAUCAAAAGGAGACAAAUGAAAAACAUUCCGAAAGUCUACGGAAUGAGGAGAAGGACAAUAAAGUUGACAUUGAUAAGACUGAUGAAGAAAGCAGAGUCAACGCGUUGGUCAAUGAUCAUUCGUUUAAUUUUGACGAUAUCCUCAAGUGUGACACUAUUCCUGGAUUGCUGACAAACGGAGUUGGAGGUGAUGGAGAUAAUUCGAAGUCCCGUUUCAGUAGGUGGUUUAAACAAGAAAGUCCAGAAAAACCUGAAAGCCGUCGCUCAUCUCUACACGACGAUCAUCUAAUUAACAAUUUAUUGAAAGAUCUGGAGCCGAACGUGACUAUUCCUGGAGAUUCUGAGGCUUACUUUGCUCCGAUUUCACCCGCUGCCAAUACAGGAGGAAUUGUAGGCAGCAAGAGGGAGUUCCAACAACAGUCGCAGGCCAUGAAUAUCAUGGAUAUGCUACAGAGAGGGAAGCAGCAACCUGACCCCAUGAAACAACCAGUAACGGCAGGAAAAAUUCUCAAUUUGGAAGAGUUAGAGGCAAAAAUACGCCAAGAUUCUUCAACUGGAAUCCCCACAAAACACCAGCCACAGAAACCAGACGAAGACAUGGCAGCAGCUUUUAAAAAAUUGCUGGAACAAGCUCAAGCUGGAGGACAUCCUACAUCCAUGAAUACUUCAAUGAACAAGACUCAACCCAUGAGUUUAUUAGAGAUGUUAGAUCGUUCUCAACAACAAGACGAAGCCGCGAGAAUGUCUGGAAGCAACCCUCAUCUUCUUGCUCCUUCCAAUUCAAGCAGGGGCGGUAUCCAGCAUCACCAACAUAUGACAAAUGAUCUCAGUAUGAAACUACAUCAAGCCCAAAUUCAACAGAACCAAAUGGAUAUGCUGAACAAGUUGAUUAAUCAAACUACUUCUGUACAUCCUCAGCAACUGAGAGCUUCUCCGUUACACGAUUUGGUUAUACAGCAGAGUAGAGACUUACUUAAUAGACCAGAGGCUCAGGCUAUCCUCCAAGGUUUGAAACGGGGUGAAAUCACCACCCAACAUCUCUACCAACAGCUGGCUAACCCAGCGCUACAACCUCGUCAUAGGGAAAUGUUGAUAAACGUAUUAAAGUACCACGGGGGCGGCGGUUUCGGCCCCAGUCCCAGGGUACUCAGUCCGGUACCGCCACAUCACAUGUUUCAGCAGCAGCAGCAGCAACAACAGCAACAACAAUUGCGAGUGUCGCCCCUUCCCCCCAACGCAUACUGUGUGUCUCCAAUAUUGGCUACAAGUCCCAAUACGUUGACAGUACCUGCUAUGCAUCAAAGAAUUCCAUCCCCUAGAGAAUUGCAAGUCCACACUCAAAACAUUCUCCAGAGAGCGUUGAUAAAGAAAAAGCUCGAAGAACAGCAAGAGAACUAUCGAAAGAAGCAAGAAUUGCAAAGGGGACAGAGUCCAAGUAAUGGCUUAAAUCAAGCUCCUACAAAAAAUGUUACCUCUCCUACUCCAUUGGCUUUUACACCUACUUCUGUAUUAAGGAAAAUGACUGCUGAAAAAGAUGAAGGUAAAGAGAACAAGGUGAAUAUUGAAGGGAAAAUACCUCCAGGACGACCAUUAACUGGGAUGAGACCUCAACCUCCACAGCCUCAAGUUCAGCAGUGGAAUACCAGUGCACAAUACACAAAACAUCAAGGCCGUCCCAUUGUCAAGGCUAACAACAAUUUCCAACUACCCUUAAGCGAGCAGUUCUUUGGACAACAGAAUCCUCAACAACAGCAAGUCCUGCAGCAAAGGGCACAUCAACAGCUGGCGUUCCAGCAACAGCAUCAGCAGCAACAACAGAGAAAAGCAUUAAACCCGCAGGCGAUGGGGGGUCCCCAGUUUACAUCCAAUCAAGGUGUUCCUCAGUCACAGUACAAUACCCAACAAUACUCUUCUAACCAACAGUUUACUCAACAGCAACUGCGAGCGCAGCACCAACACAGACCGGCAAAUCAGCAGCAGCAGCAAAAUGUACAACCAAUGUCAUUCCAGCAGCAACAGCAACAACCAAAUAAUCACCAACAUAUGGGAGGGGGCAAUUGGCAGUUCUUUAACCAACACCCAGCUAAUAGGUCCUCCAAGGCAGGCCUAGAAUCCGAUGGUGGACGUCCAACAUCUAGCGCUACCACUUCCACUACAUCGACAGUAAACCAGCUGGCCCGUUGGUUCUCUCCCGACCUAUUAGAACUUGCCAGAGCAGGUGAACUACCGAGUACCAGCAGUCUGUCGCAGAAUCUUCUUAGCCUUGAAGAGAUUGAACGCCAAACGGCGCCCCCCGUCCAUAAUUAAAGUGUUUAUAAACAUUAUGUCGCUCGUGUUUUUGAUGUCUGGAAGAGGGGCGCUUGGGAGGGAACUGAACGGUUAAAACUGAUCAACGACUUUACUGUUAAUUUUAGUCAAAACAUGUUAAUGUCGCAAACAUAUUUAAUCACUUUAGAAAUUUGUCAAUUUGUCCUAAAAGGUGGGACAAAAAAAAUCGUUUCAAAAUCCUUACCCGCAAAGUUAUACUUAAAUUGUAACAUUUUGUAAAUACGACAAAAAAAGUUACAUAUACAAUGUGAUAGUGUUAUGAAAUCAUUGAAUUUAUUUUAACGUUUUUUCAGUUGUUCAUUUCAAAAUUUACAAACAAUAGACAAAGCAACAAGAUGAAAAAUUAAUCACACAAAAAAAAUAUCAAACACUACGGUUACAGAAUAGUGAAUUAAAUUGUUAAAUAUAUGCUGUAGUUUAUUUUAAAAAUAUGUUCCUUAAAAGUUAUAUUUUCGUAUAAAGCUAAAAAUUCUAAUCUUUAUUGACAUGGAAACAUUUAAAAAAUUGCAAUAUUGUAUUGGGAUUAAAACAGCAUAGUCACAUUAUAUAGUUGCUGUUUAUUUGGGUUUAUAUGACUGUGGACAUUAAAUCUAUUGUCCAGUUUUCAAUUUUUUUACUUGUUAGGAAUUGUGUCGUAUUCAAUAUUAUCCUAAAAAUAAUAGUAGUAUUGAUCUCUAAGAAAUACUCAUUUUUUUCAUUUUUUUUUGUGAUUUGCUUAUACUUCUUUUUUUUUUGUAUUAGGUACUUUUUAUUUAUUUAUUUUUAUUUAUUUAUAUAAAAGAGUCCUCAGAGUUCGACAGCAAACUCUUUUGUUUAAAUGUUAUUAAAGCUACAAUCCUAACAAUAUUUCUCCUUCUUUGUGCCAUAUCUGUUAAGCUUUGCAACCAUCAUAUUAAAUGCGUUCGAAUUUGGAAUAUCUAUGAGGUUGUUUCCGUAAAUUUUUGUCCACUCUCUUUUAUUUCUCAGCCACGAUAUCCUUCGUGUUGGACUCUAACUGUUUCUGUAGCUGUUUCAGAACCUAGAAAUGAUUGGAAUAGAUGAUAAAAAUGUGAGUAUUUUACCACAAUAUAUUGAAAUCAAGAAGCUUCUAUUCUGGUAGACGGCAAAAAAAAUAAAAUUUUUACUCUCUUGUAAACAGAUAAAAAAAAUUAGGCUUCAGUUGACACGUUAUACUUGUGUUCCAAAAGUAUGAUUACUCUGGAUAUGGACUCAGUCCUAAUUCAUCAAAUCCUGCUGCUUUACCAACUUUCAUUACAAAUGUUGCUGUUAGACUGUUUUUCGAUUCCAAAAUGUGAAAUUUAAUGUUAGCAUUAGAUCCGCAAAGCUACUUAAUUAACUAUUCUCACACAAAAAAUUUGUAUAAACUCGAGCCUUAGUGCCAUAGCAGACCAAUUCUUAAUUGAACAGAGGUGUUGUAAAAUUUUGUCAAUAAAAGAUUACAGCAUAAAACUUAACAACUUAACGUUUUUGUGAUUUCUGUUCUUCAUUCUUGUUGCUUUACUUAACACAUCUUCAAAUUACAAAGACCGGAUUUCUGUAACUUUUGAAACGCUCAUUUUUACCACCGUUAAAAAUGGUUUAUUCCAUUUUUUCUAUGUUGAGAUUGUUGUUUUAUCUACGUCAAAAAAAUAGAAGAAAAAUUUGGAAAAAAAAUUAAAAGACUAAAUUAUACUUGUUCAAAUCUUUCUGAGCACAGUAUGGGUCUGUAUCCAAUGUUAGUUGGAUAUAGACCAAUACUGGGAUUUACAGACCUGUCCAUAAGUCAUCGAGAGGACUGAAUCUAUACGGGCAGUUUGGUCAGGGUAGUAGAUGUUUGACGUUCUGUAUUAAUCCAUAGUCACAAUUGUCAUUCUUGUUCAGCAAACCCCAUUUAAUAAGGUUCCCUUGGUCAGCGCUAUGUCGGUUCUUAAACGGUUCAGCAUGCGCCACGUCGACCAGUUGCUUAAAAUCCAGCUUUGGGGAGUUUCUGUUUAGUGGAUAACAGGUUGGUGGUUCGUCUAGAAGGGAGCUAAGGAAACGUUUUCUUGGUUUCAGUCUGCCAGGAUACGGUUCGUGACCAAAAAGAAGGUAACGGUUAUCGAAGGUUUGUUUGGAUCUUUAGGUGAAUUCGUGGACUGUUCUACAGGAGUCAGAAUCCGAGAAGCCUGAAGCUUUGUACAGUUUAUCCACAGGGAUUGAUCUGAUACAGCUGGUAAUGAGUCUACAAGUUUCGUUCUGCCUGACAUUUACUUCUUGGCGUGUGCAGAUAUCUUCCAAACAGGGCAUGCGUAUUCCUCCGAAGCAAGGCGCCUGCGCCGUCUGAUGUUAGUACUGUGGGUUUGGCGCCCCAUUUACUAUUGCUAAGUUUUCUUAAAAUAUUGUUGCGCGCAUCCACCUUCUUUCGGGUCUUUUCACAGUGGAACCUGUUUGUCAAUGAGCAGUCUAGUAUGAUUCCGAGGUGUAUUGGCUUUUCGGUGUGCUCUAGCAAGGUGGUAUUCCAGGUGAUGUUGAGUUUCCUUUCCGCCUGUCAAGAAUGAAGGUGGAAAGCGCAAAACUGAGUUUUGGUUGGAUUUGGUCUUAGCGAAAUUGUCUUUAUAGUAAUUGGACACUAAAUUCACCACAGCUUUCAAUUUUUGUUGGACCUCUUCAAAGUUUGAACCUUGGGCCGUGAUGUCUAAGUCGUCUGUGUAUAAGAAGUUUCUAAUAAAAGUUUGCAUUGGUUGAUCAGCUGAUAUAUGAUAAUUGAUAAAUGAUAAUGUACUCUGUUCGAAUGAGUUCUCUGUGAACUUGCUUAUACUUAAUAGGUGUAUAGUUUGUAUUAGAAGUACUUCACUACGGUAAUAUGACUUUAAUAUUGAAUGAACUACAGACAUGUCAAUAUCAUCUCAUUAUUAUGUUCAUUUGUUAGCAAAAUCAAUGGAGUAUUACUAAAUAAGCAAUCACGUGUUAGAAAAAAUGUAAGUUAAUAUAAUUAUUUGCAUCAUUUGGGCAAUGAUUGGAGCUAGAAUUGACAUCAUGUUUGAGAUGCUAGGCUAGGCGAUCUAUGAGGAAAAUUUAGUAUAGAACCAUUGUUUAAAAAAGAAUAGUUUGUCUACGUAAUGAAUAAAUUUGCUUGAUUCCAAUUGAGACAGUCACCACCAUUUCUGUCAGGGUUGCAAUGUCACUACGAUAGGUCAGUGUACGAUGUACGAAUGUCAGGGUCGUUACUACGAUAAAUCCAAAAUGCAUGGACACCAAGUUGGAUACGACUCUACUCAUAACACACCCAUUUGCAUACAUAUUAAGAAAAAUAAAUAUAUGGAAGAAUAUAUCUAUAGAAAUUGAAUUAUUGAUGCCAUGCUACUAUACAUUAUACAUAUAAUAGAAUGACAUCAUUAAUUCAAUCUCUAAAUAUAUUCUUCCAUAUAUUUAUUUUCUUAAUAAUAUGUAUGCGAGUUGGUGUGUUAUGAGUAGGACCGUAUCCAACUUGAUGUCUAUACAUUUUGGAUCUAUCGUAGUUACGCUUGCGACCCUCACAGAAAUGGUGGUGACUGUCUCAAUUAGAAUCUCAUUGCGUUGACCAACUAUUUUUUUAACAAUGGUAGAACUGACAUCAUAUUACGCAUGACAGUGACGAAAAGGGUUAAUUAUUUUAACAAGAAUAUUGUCUGUCUUGGUGUCCUAUUAUACUCUUGUACUAAAAAAGAUUUAAGUAUUUUUAAAAGUGGUAAAAUGGCGUUACAAAAGUUACAGUCUCUUAAAAACUAACUAAAAUGGUUGUUGCAUUACUUAGUGCGUGUGAUCAAUUAAUUCGUCGACUGAGAAUUAGGGUUAUUGGGUCAUAAGAAUCGAGUUUUGUUUUUUAGAAAGUGAAUUUUAAUUUUUUGGUUUGGUGUGUUGGAAACUUUUGUUUAAUUUUGGUGUUUUACUAGAGUAAUGGCAACCAGUUCAGCGAUAUACAAUUCGUAAACCUUACGGUAACGUUAAAAAAUGUAAAUUUCUGGAACUGACUUGUGUUCUUAAAACAUGAACGUUUUCUUCGCGAUUAAAAAAGGCGAGUGAGAAUUUGUAAGUGAAAAUAAUCGUCAAUUUUUGUCUCCUCGCAAAUAAUUUUAAUCUCGAAGAGAAUCUUCCUACAAAAACAUUCCUGAUGUAGUCGAUACGUACUGAGACCUCUAAACGCUCAGAUUUAUUUUCGAAAUUGGAGGAAAAUCAUAUCAGAAACAACUUUAAAAUACCUAGAGAUAGAAAUAAUAUUUGGAUAAUAUAUAUAUACAGAAUAUCUUGACUUAUUUUAUAUUUAUAUAAAAAAAUAUAAUUAAAAUCCGGUAUAAAAAGUAUAUAAUUUAUUAAAAAAUUCCCUACAAACAACUAGACGUAUGCAGAAUGUUUUCGAUCUGGAUGCAGAUCAUCAUCAGUGCUGAACAGGAUGAUCACAUGUCAAGCCACCAAAAUUGAAAAUAUAUGGGUAAAACUCUUUAAAAUAAUACAGUGAUGGAUACAUAGACAAAACUUGUUUUAAAUAACAUGGAUGUUAUAAAUAAUUCAUGAUUGAGCACCUGGCACCAUUUGACCCUCACAUGAGUUAGGACACGUCCUGACGUUCAGCUACCUCAUUCUCAUAUACAAGAUAUGAGGUAUCUGAACCUCAGUGUCCCAACUCAGGUGAGGGUCAAAUGGUGCCCGGCGCUUAGUAAUGAAUUAUUUAUGACUAUUAUUAGUGGAGCAUUAUCGUCGAGAAAAAAACUGAUCACCAAUGGCUACAUUAACAAUAUGUUCAAUAAUAUCCCGUCUUUACAUCUGACCAUUCGUAGUGUUCUGGCAAGAGUAGAGAUCUAUUCUUCCACCGAAACAGAUUACAGCCCAAACAAUAACACCAGCACCUCAAAAUGGAUGAACCGUUUCACAUGGUCUUUGAUUUCUUGGUACCCUUGGUCAUGUAACUCAAAUAUUCGUUGUUAUGUUUUUUCUAGAACCUGUCAUUUCUGUGAUUUUUUUUAUGUACAUUAAAGCGUAUCAUACUUUUUAUACUGAUCUUUUAUUUCCUUACAUCUGUAGGAGAAGCCACCUCCCUUUUGCCUCGAAAUUUCUUUUUGGUGUUUCUCUGAACCUCUUUGUAUUUAUGUCUUUUGCUUUAUGUUUUCUUCGUCCUUCGAUGAGUUCAAGAAUUACUACUGCCAUCCAAUAUUUUCUUUUUUCUCUAGAUGCUUUGACGAUUUCUUUUUUAACUGACGCUGGGGCAUGUUGAAUGUUUCCCCAUUUUUAAUCAAUAUUUAGAGUUUCCGCAUUAUCUUCUUUGACUUUCCUUCUCGUUUAUUUUAAAGUUCAUUUCCGCAUAUGUGUUGUUUUGUCGGAACCGUCUCGUAUCCAUGAUUUUCUCGAAGCUAGGGCUCUUUAUAUUCCUUAGUUGUACUGUCCUCGACAAAACAACCGGGUUGUGAUCGGAGGAUAUGUCCACUGCUGGAUAAAUUUUGGAUAAUACUGUAGGAUUUCUAUAUCUUUUGUUACCUGUAGGGAUUAGUGAUGUUGGUCGAGAUAAACGAAACAGAAAUGUUGAAACCCAACUUUUUAGGCGCUCUGCGUUUGGAAAAGAAAAAUGUUGAAUAUACGAUUAGUGGUGUUGAAUAUGCAAUGAACUCGAAAAGAAAAAGAUAAAAACAACAAAGAUUACUCAAUAAAAAUUUAAUAAAUUAAUAUAUUCCAUCAUAUAAUAUGUCAUGGUUUUAAAAAUUUAGUGAUAAUAGCUUUGAAUUUAAUAAAGUAAACAAUUUUUAAUAUUCUGUAUAUAAUAUAUACAUACAUUGUCUAAGAACAUUAUAAGAACGAUCUGUGCUUCUUUAUAUGAAUUUAAUCAUAAUAAAAAAAUCUAGUCUAUUAAUAAUAAAUUAAUUAAACAAUUAAAAUUAACACUGGUAAUAGGGUCAUUUUUGCAACUCACUUUGUGGUAGUAAUAAUUUGUGAAAAAAUUGUAAUUAUGUAUAAAAAUGAUUGUAUCACAAAUAAAAUGUUGAAAGAAUGACCAUAGGUUGGAAUUUAGGCUGUGGUUUUAGAUCUUCGUAGGAGUAUUUCGAAUGUCUUAUAUCCUUCACUGAUCAAUUUUUUUUUUCAGAGAAUUAGUUUAAAUAUCGGUGUAAAAAAAAAGCAAAAAUCGAGACUGCUAGUGUUACGAGAUUACUUGAAGUUGUUUCUGUUAUGAUUUAUGAGAAAAUUCGCCAUUGGUACGUGAAUUUUAUGUUUUGGAUAUUUUGUAAUUAUGGUAUUUUUCACUUGCACAUUAUUGAUAUAUUACUAAUUAUAGUGUUAACUUGAAACAAAGAACACUGUGAUCCUAAUUGGGGUCAACAUUUAUUUAGCUAAUAUGAAAACUAAUAUUUAAUAAUUCCGUUACUAAAUUCAAGAACUGAUAGCUUAAAUUGAGUCAUAGAUGUUAUAUUAGCCAUACUUUCUAAAUUUAUCUUACUUUUCUCGUCUAGAAAUAUCUAAUUAAAUUAAAAAAAUAACUAUAAAAAUAUUUUGACAAAGAUUUUCACUUGGAAAGUCGAAAUUUUAAACAUUGUGUGGUAAAAAAGUUAAGCAGACAAAUAAAAUAAUUAUGAUUUGAAACUUUUACAAAAUACCCAAUACAUGUAAAAGGUUAUACUGAUUAAGUUAUGUUAAUCGGUGAAUUUCUCCAUAUGGGCCGGAAUUAAUAUCAAUUGCCAAAUAAUUUGUUAAAUCUAGAUUUUCUCUCUGUAAAAAUCGUAUGAGAUGAUUUUGUAAAUACAAAAAUGUCAUUAAUAUUGGCAUACAUUUUUGUUUUGAAAAAUAAUUAAAUGAGCAAGAACAUACAAA